CCGGACUACGAGUAAUCUUGGGUCCUUCGCUUUCUCUUUUUGCUGGAGCUGUCAUCUCAUGAGAAGCGAGGGAAGUUGACAUCAUGACGAACACCAGAGGCAAGAGGAGGGGGACGAGAUACAUGUUCGCCCGAGCCUUCCGUAAGCAUGGGCCUAUCCCCCUGUCGACGUACAUGCGCAUCUUCAAGAAGGGAGAUAUUGUUGACAUUAAGGGAACAGGAACCAUCCAGAAAGGAAUGCCUCACAAGUGCUACCAUGGCAAAACUGGCCGCAUUUACAACGUUACCCAGCAUGCCGUGGGCAUCAUUGUCAACAAGCAAGUCAAAGGCAAGAUUCUGGAGAAGAGAAUCAAUGUGCGAAUAGAGCAUGUCAAGCAUUCUAAGAGCCGCGACAGCUUCUUGCAGCGUGUGAAGGAGAACGAGAAGAAGAAGACUGAGGCUAAGCAGGCAGGCACAUGGGUGGAGCUGAAGCGACAGCCUGCGAGCCCACGUCCAGCACACUUUGUCAGCACCAAAAAGAUUGAGCCCCAACUCCUAGAGCCCAUCCCGUAUGAGUUUAUGGCUUGAUGCUAAUAAACACCUUUCACACACA